GGACAAGGAGGCGCGGGUGCUCGGACCGAGGAACGGCUUUCCGAGAGAGUCCUGGGCCGGGAGGACGUUUGGCUGCGGGAGAUGAGCGGGUCUUUAGGCCGAGCGUCGGCGGCUCUGCUCCACCUGGGGCGCGGGGUCCUCCUGCGGGGCCCGGCACUGCGGACUCGGAGCUCGGGCCCCGGGGGGUCGGGCUCGGGCCCGGCCUCCAGGGAGCAUCUCGACUCCCUCGUGAAGAAGGACAAGGUGGUGGUGUUCUUGAAGGGGACCCCCCAGCAGCCCCAGUGCGGCUUCAGCAACGCCGUGGUGCAGAUCCUGCGGCUGCACGGCGUCACCGACUACGCGGCCUACAACGUGCUGGAGGAUCCCGACCUCCGUCAAGGUAUUAAAGACUAUUCCAACUGGCCAACCAUACCUCAAGUGUACCUUAAUGGUGAAUUUGUUGGUGGUUGUGACAUCCUCCUCCAGAUGCAUCAGAAUGGAGAUCUAGUAGAAGAACUGAAAAAGUUGGGAAUUCGCUCAGCACUUUUAGAUGCAAAGACAGAUCACGACUCCAAAUAAAAAGCCUGCGAGAAUCCUCUUUAAGAACAAUGCUCUGUGACUGGAAAUGAAACUUUUUUAGUGUCAAAGACUGGUUACCAGAACAGCCUUACUGGUUUUUGUUCUCAUUUUUUUAGGAAGGCAACUCUUUGUACUGACGCUAAACAGUAUUGAAGUGAUUUUAGUUUCUGGCUGGUGUUUUAGGCUAAGGGUAUUCUAUUGUGAAUUUAACUAAAGCUAUCUUACUGUAAUAAUUGAAUAUUAUGUUUUGAGACAGAUGUAAAAAAAAUCAUUCUUUUUUUGUCUUGUACUCUUUGCCCAUUGCAGGAGUAAACCAAAAGAUUUUGAAUCGUCCUGGUCAGUUAUUAUCAUUGUCAUUUUAUUACUGAUUCUAAUGUAUGUGUCACGUGUCACUCUAUAAAAUCCAAAGGAAACAUUUUGUGUAGCCUUUUUAAGGAAAAUGAUGGACAAGGUAAACAGUGAUGAUGGCUGGGGUUUUUUUUUUUAAGAAAUAAACUGCCAACAUGUGGAAAAGGUCCUUUUUGGUGAAA